UGGUGAGGCAGGACAGGGCAGGACAUCAUUGUGACGGUGACAGGCAACCCGGCACGGAACAGAGGGCAACAAAGGGCGCGGCUUGAUGGCUGAUAAGAAGUGGGGGAUGGACCAGGAGCUCGCGGAGCAGCUGAUUCCUUUUUGGUCCCUCCCAGUGAUGGAAGGGAGCUGUUAGCUUCGCCAGCAGCUGCAGAGCAGUGGGGGUGGCCCAUGGACCUGCCAGAGAGUCAGGAGGGCAGCACUGCUGCAAAAAUGUACCGCUGGGACCAGCCAGAGGAGGGGCGUCUGGGGACGCUGCUCAGCUUAGAGGAGCAAAUACUCGACUCCAUGUUUGAAGCUUGUGACCCCCAGAGGACAGGCACUGUGGCUGUGACCCAUGUACUAGCCUACCUGGAGGCUGUGACUGGACGGGGCCCCCAGGAUGCACGCCUCCAAACACUGGCCUCCAGCCUGGACCCCAAUGGGGAGGGCCCUCAGGCCACUGUGGACUUGGACACCUUCCUGGUUGUAAUGAGGGACUGGAUCGCUGCCUGUCAGCUGGAUGGGGGAUUAGAGCUGGAAGAGGAGACUGCCUUCGAGGGAGCCCUCACCUCCCAGCAACUGCCAUCUGGAUGCUCAGAAGCUGAGGAUCCAGCCAACCUGGAAAGCUUCGGAGGCGAAGACCCCAGACCUGAGUUACCCGCCACAGCUGACCUGCUGAGCAGCCUGGAAGACUUGGAGCUCAGUAACCGCCGGCUGGCUGGGGAGAAUGCCAAACUGCAGCGCAGUGUGGAGACAGCCGAGGAGGGGUCCGCACGCCUUGGGGAGGAGAUUUUGGCCCUGCGCAAGCAGCUCCGCAGUACCCAGCAGGCGGUGCAGUUUGCCAAGGCCAUGGACGAGGAGCUGGAGGACCUGAAGACUCUGGCCAAGAGCUUGGAGGAACAGAAUCGCAGCCUUCUGGCCCAGGCCCGGCAGAUGGAAAAGGAGCAGCAGCAUCUGGUGGCUGAGAUAGAGACUCUGCAGGAGGAGAACGGGAAGCUACUGGCUGAGCGGGAUGGAGUGAAGAGGAGGAGUGAGGAGCUAGCCACGGAGAAGGAUGCCUUGAAGCGGCAGCUCCACGAGUGUGAACGCCUCAUUUGCCAACGAGACACCAUCCUCUCCGAGCGCAUUCACCAUGCAGAGAGUCUGGCCAAGACCUUGGAGGAGUACAGAACUACAACCCAGGAACUGAGGCUGGAAAUCUCACACCUGGAGGAACAGCUGAGUCAGACCCAUGAGGGGCUGGAUGAGCACGGAGGCAGCCUUCCCCCUCCUGACUGUGUGGCCAGGCUACCCGAAGGGACUCAGGUGAGGAGAGUGGACUGGACCAAACUGCCACCACCAUCGCUGGGUGUGGAGAUCCAGGCCAUUCAGCAGAAACAAGAAGUGACAGCCUCCAAUCUUUCCAACCCUCUAUGUGGUAUAUGGCAGUGGGAGGAGGUCGUCAAUGAUACCGAUGAGGAAGCUGAGUUUCCACCUGAAGCCCCAACUGAGGGGCAGAGAAACUUCCAGGGAGAGCCAGCACACCCUCAUGAAGGAAGGAACGAGCGAUCAAUGUGGUUGCCCAGAACAGAGGAAGAGGAGGAAGCGGAGAUCCGGGUUACGGUGGAUCCCCCUAUCCCUUUGGGAGACUCACACCCUGAAGACAUCCCAGGAAGCCCUCCUGAAAGCAGCCCCUCAGACCCGGAGUUGCAGCAAGCCCUGGUGCCAGUGGUGAAGGAGCUGGUCCCAAUCAGGAGGCCCGUCUGGGGCCAGCUCUGCCUGUGCCCCCUGCACCCCCAGCAGCUCAGGUGCACCCCAAGGCAUCUCCAAAAGAAGGGUGGUAGUCACACAUCAGGGCACUGCAGGGACAUCAUGGGUUCCCCUGGGUGCCCCCCCAAGCGCUGUCGUGCCUCCCCGCAGGGUCACUCGGCACCCACUGAUCCCGGCGCCAGUCCUGGGCCUGCUGCUGCUGCUGCUGCUCUCGGUCCUGCUUCUGGGCCAGUCCCCGCCCCCCACCUGGCCCCACCUCCAGCUCUGCUACCUCCAGCCUCCUCCAGUGUGAGCCAUGCUCCCCACCGCCUCAGAGCAGUGUCUAGUUCAGUGACCUCCCUGGGGCUCUUUUUACUGUUAUUCCUGUGGUUGUUCCACUGUGACUUGGGAUUAUCCCACUGUCGGGACCCCAGAUACAGUGCUCCAGGAUCCACAUCCCUGUAUUGGGUUUUUCUGUGAAGUCUCUUAGUUUUUUUAAUGUUGGCAACUACAUUUCUUAACAAUAGCAAAACAUUGCCACUAAUAGGUCAAGCACUAGGGGCUAUGUUUUCCUCACAAAACAAGUGUGGAGGAGGGCAGCUGCGGGCCCACAGCUCAGUCUCCACAGCACCAGGGCCAGCGUGCUGUGAUUCUCUGUGACUUUCUUGGCCCUUCCCUUGUGCUCAGGAGAUGGCAGGUGUUGUAGCUUCAUACAUCACAUCUUCAGGGAGAAAGGGACACACCCAUUCCUUUCUAUAAAGAAAAGCAGUAGCCUUCUCAGAGCCAGCAGCAGACUCUGUCACAUCAGCCAGAACCGUUUGGCAUGACCACCCCUAGCUGCAAGGGCAGCUGGGAGACCAAGCAUCUCUCCUGGCAGAAAGAGGGAGGACAAGAUGUGGGCCAGGCACACACACACGUCAUCAGUGGCCAGCAGGAAAGGGUGAGCCAUUUGUUCAUUCAGCAAACACUUAAUGAUCAUCUAUUUGUCAUGGCAAGACCUUAGAAGAUAGAAAAGUAGACCCUCCAAUGCCAGGCUGAAGCACAUUGAUUUUUCUCCUGAGGAUGAUGGGAGUUUGGGGAGAUUUCAUUACUUGUUUUUGGUUAUUUACUUUGUAAUUGAGGUGUAACUUCUCAUACAAUGAUAAAUGGACAAAUCUCAAGUAUC